AUGGCUGGGAGCUGGUGCAGGGUCUGGCUGGUGCUGCUGCUGGUUGGGGGCUGCUUUGCUGCUAGUGCGCAGAAUGGGUUUUAUGAGGAGCCUUUGCUGAUCUGUGGAGAUUACAGCCUGGAAUACACUUUACAGCUUUUGGCCACAAACAUCUCUACUAGACUUUCUGUCUAUGAUGCUGAUGCAAAUGGGACCCCACUUGUCACCAAUAAAUCCUGUGGUGUCUCGAUUACUGCUGAAUCUGAUGGCUAUGUAGUCAUCCAUGCGAAAUACAAUGGCUGUUACAUGCAGAUAAUGGAGAAUAAAUAUAUGAUGACCAUCUUCCUAGAGGUUAACACUACCGGAGAAUGGGAGGUGUAUCAGAAAGAAGAUCUGAUGUGUCCAGUUCAUCUCGUACAUGAUGCGCCAUCCCCAAGUGAAUGCUCAGAUGUCUCUAUACAAAACAGACUUGUGUGUGCUAGACCCCCGGUCUCCCAGGAUGCAUGUCUCCAGAAUGGCUGCUGUUACGACCAAACGGACUCCAGAACACCAUGCUAUUAUGGAAACCGAGUUACUGCACAGUGUACCGCAGAUGGCAGGCUCUCUGUUGCGGUUUCCAGUGGUGUCACUUGGCCGUCACUAAUUCUACCAUCAGUCAGGUUUACUAGAGCCAGCGGUGCAGAAUGUGGACCUGUUGCACAAAAUAACUAUUUUCUUCUCUUCAGUUUUCCACUGUCAGCCUGCGGGACCACACAAACUGUUCAAGGCGGUAAUGUGAUUUAUGAGAAUGAUAUGAUGGCAGACAAGAUGGUGAGCACUUGGAGAGGAUCGUCAAUAACCAGAGAUAGUACUUUUAGCUUACACAUACGCUGCAGUUUUAUUGGAAGUGAAUUGGUGCCAUUAAGUGUAGAGGUCUUCACGCUUCCACCACCACCACCUGCAUCUAGCCAGGGACAACUGAACUUACAAAUGAGGAUUGCCUUAGAUGCUGCGUACAGUCAAUAUUAUGCCGAUGAGGAUUAUCCUCUAGUUAAAGUACUCAGAGAUCCAGUUUUUGUUGAAGUUCACAUUGUAAAUAGAAAUGACCCUGGAUUGGUGCUAAUGCUGGAUCAGUGCUGGGCAACUGCCUCUGUGAACCCUGACGAAUUACCCCAAUGGCCAAUCUUGGUAGAUGGGUGUCCAUUUGAAGGUGACAACUACAAGACCCAACUGCAAGCUGUAGCAGAUCCUUCACUCCAGUUCCCUCUUUAUUAUAAGCGGUUUAUAGUUAGCACAUUUACAUUUGUAAACUCUGCAACUCAGGCUUCAUUAACAGGACAGGUCUACCUCCACUGCAGUGCAUCUGUAUGUGUGCCAUCUUCCCAAGUCCAGUGUGUGACCAUCUGCCCCAUGAGACGACGAAGGGCCUUAAACCUGGAGCCAGUGAGUGUGGUUUCUGCAGAUGGACCAAUUUACUUCUACAUGGAUGAAAGUCAACAGCUUUCUGAAGGACAUCAAGAAGAAGGGAACCAUCUAAGACUGGACUGGAUCUGGGCAGUGGUGGCUGGAAGUGUUGUUGGCAUUGUUAUAAUGGCUGUGUGGCUGAAAAAACUAAAUGGUUACACCAUUAAAGAUGUUAAUAUUUAA